CUGCAAAGACUCUUUUACCUGCGUUACAGUGUUCAGAGAGACGCAACGUUGCGUUGCUAACCUUAAUUCAAACCAGAAGGAGAAUUGUAGGAGACAUGGGUCGUCAUUGUUGCGUUUGUAAGUGUGCAGUAACAAAGGGUUUGUAUCCAUUUCCCCGCGAUAAGAGCGCAGCUCUCGCAUGGAUCCAAGCGGUUGGAUUACAGUGGUGUACUAGCACGAAUCAAAAAUAUGUCUGUAAGGAACAUUUUUCACCCGAGAGCUUUAACAAUCUGGAAAUGGUGAAAUCCGGAUUUGCUACUCGACUCACUUUAAGGAAAGACGCUGUUCCACAUCCUGUUGAUUCUCCUGUCUCUACGGAUUUGACGGGUGUACCACAGUUACUGCACAUCCGUCACCUGAGAAGUGCGGUCACGGUGGGCUGGGUGACCGACGUUUUGCAGCAGCAGCAACAUGUCAAAAGAGACCAAUUCCUCGACAGAGCAGUGGCUUGGGCAAGAGGAAUAGGAAGACUGUAGCAACUUAUAUGCAUUCAAAGCGAAAAUCAGUUUCAGUGGCUCCAACAAUCACCGUGGUUCCAGGCGUCACCGUUUCUCCAGCAGUCACCAUGGUUCCAGCUGUUACUGUGGUUCCAGCAGUUAACGUGGUUCCAGCAGUCACCAUGGUUCCAGCAAUUCCUGUGGUUCCAGCAGUCACCAUGGUUCCAGCAGUUCCUGUGGUUCCAGCAGUUGCAAUGGAGGGUUUUCUCACUUCUGCUUUGGUUCCUAAGAAGAACGCUACAAAUAAUGUGGAUUGCAAUUUAGUUAGCAGCGAUGAAGAACUUGAUUUCUGUGACCAGGACAGUGUGGCAUUCAGUGUGGACAGCUCAGCAGAAGACAUGUUUAUUGAUGAUAUAGAUCCUAUUCUAGACCGUAGGCCUUCAUCAGACCUUUACCUGCCAGAAGAGGACUACGAUUCAAAAGACGCUCCACAACACAGAAAGAGACUUUGCCUGUCUUCUGCUGAAGGAGGCGACAGGAAAAGUGAAAAUGGUUUCUAUUGGACUGAAACAGAAAAGUGGCAAAGCUCAGAUGAAGCAGACGUUGAGCCACCUCUGCUGGUCUUCACACCCAACCAAAAUCCUGGCCCUCAGAUUCUACCAAACAGGUGCUCCAGCGCUCUGCAGUUUUUUCAGCUCCUUUUCCCAAAGUCAAUGUUUCAGACCAUUGCAGGCUACACAAACAGCUAUGCAGCCAAGUACGAAGAGAGAAAGGGCAAGUUGUGGAACUUCAUUAGUCAAAGUGACAUGAAGUCGUACGUAGCGCUGGUAAUUUACAUGGACAUGUUCAGAUGCUCUUCACUAUCAGACUAUUGGAGUGAGUCCCAGCACUUCAGUCUGUCCUUUCCUGCAAAAAUCAUGUCUUACAGGAAAUUUCUGUCCAUCUCCAAAGUUCUUCAUCUGAGCGAAAGCAGAGAGGACGAGAAGAACAUCUUAAAGAAGGGAACAGCAGGUUGUGAACGUCUGGGUAAAAUCCAGCCUCUGUACCAAGUCAUUAGGGAGUCCUGCAAAUCAUACUUUCAUCCCUUUCAGAACAUCACCAUUGUUGAACGAAUGGUCAAACCACAGGCUGGAACUGGACUCAAACAAAGCCUGAAAAGCAGAUCUCCAAAUAUGGGGUUCAAACUCUUUGCACUGACAGACUGCACCUGCGGCUAUACGUGGGACUUCUUUAUUCACGAGGGGAAGUCGUGUGCGUCACGGAGCGAGGGAUUGAGCUAUGAGUCUGUGAUGGCGUUAGUGGAUGAGAAUAUGUUGGGUUCUGGGUACAAAUUGUUUGUAGACAAGUUUUACACCAGCCCCACACUCUUUACAGACCUUCUGGACAAAAAGGUCUUGGCUUGUGGCCCUGUUUGGCCAAACAGGACCGGUUACCCAAAAUCAGCUAAGAACAAGCUGUUAUCGAAUGCUCCACGUGGCACCAUGCGUUGGAUUAGACAAGACAAGCUGCUGUUUGUUGAGUGGAAAGACUCCAAGGAGGUGCAGAUGUGCUCUUCAUUCCAUAAAGCCUAUGAAGGUGAUACUGUGCAGAGGAAGGUGAGGCGGGAUGGACAUCGAACCCUUGAGGAGAUCCCCGUUCCAGCUGUGGUGCUGGACUACAGCAAGAACAUGGAAGCAGUGGAUUCAUCUGAUUGCGUCACUGAACAUUUCAGAGCCAUACAUAAACCCAAAAAGUGGUAUCAAUGCAUGUUUUAUCACUUUCUGGACAUCGCUGUAGAGAAUGCCUUCAUCAUGCAGGAACUAGUGACCAAGGGAAACGGCAAGAAGCCUUUAACACGAAAAGCGUUCUUGCAAGCCCUCAUUUUAGAGCUUACAGAUAUAGAUAGUCUGGAUUCUGCAGCAGGUCCCUUGACUCUCUCUUCAUCAGGAUAAUCCUCAGCUACAUUCCACAGGUCAUGCUGACAGCGCUGCUGGGAGAAAGUGUUACCUCCAGUCAUGUGUAACAUGAUAUGAGGAUGUUCUUUCAGCCUGAGAUGCACCAUUCUAAUGACGGCUUAAAAAAAGUUUCUGUGGCCUCGUUGUGGCCUCUUUUUUUUUUUUUGGUCAGGAGGUGAUUUUGAUCUAACACUGGUUCAGGAUGUUGACUAUUAUUUUAUUCUUCAACAGACAUUUUUAAUCCUAGCAAAAGUAAUAAAAGAUUGUCCUUAAACUAUGCAAUUCUGCCACACUGCAAGAACAUUUAUACAGAAAUCUACUACAAAUGACAAUGAAAACAUUCUUUUUAUAUUGUGGUUAUACAGGCCUGAAAGGGUGUUUUAUCACAAGAGGAAAGUGUCAAUCUUCACCACAUCACUCAAAUGAUUUAUUCUGCCUGCACUGAUAUAAAUAUUAUGAAAAUGUGUUCAGAACUUUACUUUGUAAAAGUUGUAACAGUUGAUCUUAUAAUGAAUACAAUUAAAUUUCAGUGUGCACACAUUUUCAGCAAAAUAAAUUGCAUUUUGUUUUAAUUUUAUGCAAGUUAGCCCAUAUUUAAGUUAGAUUUUUUUAAGAACGAAAUUUUGCCACUUUUGCUUACACAUUAAAUAAAGAUUGGUGACUAAAACUACAUUUUUUUCCACAAUUUGAAAAUUUUAAAUAGUCUCGUAAAAAUCAUACAGUAUGCCAGUUGAGGCCAAUUAAUAAAAAUAUGAUACAGUA